AAACACAACCACUCAGCCGGGCUCCCCCCUCCAAAACACAGUCUCUCCCCUUCUCUCUUCUUCUCCGGCAGACGACACCAGCGCCGGCCGCCGUCCCGCCCCGCCGCCUCUCGCCCCUUCACCUCUCCCUUAUCUCUCUUUUCUCCGGUCCCCGAUUUAUCUCCCCUCUCUCUUUUUCUCUGGUUUGCGUUCAUUGAGUUUGGAGAUGGCUUUGGAGAACACGAUUGUUCUGUGUUUUCCUCGAAUCGGAGGGCCGCGAGGGCGGCGCGGGUUUGCUCUUCGCCGUAGGCUUUUGAUGGGCACCGAAGCUCGCCUGUGUGUGCCGAUUUGGGGGCUAGGGCUUUUGAUAGUGCCGAUUUAUCUCCCCUUCUUCCCCUCUCUGUACAUAUUUUAUGUCAGAUUCAUGGUGGCCGGAAAUCGAAAGAGUCGGUGGUUAGAGUUUGGGGAGGAAGCUAGGGUUCAGGUGGGCGACUCAUUUCCCCUCACUGCAGCGGCGACCCUUUUCCCCUCACUGCGGCGGCGACUCCUUUCCCCUCUCGCCGUCGUCGUUGUUUCCAGGCUGUGGUUUGGCGGCGGCCCUGGAUUGGGGUUUGAGGGUGGUGGUGCUCCUGAAUUUGGUCAUUUGGAUCAUGUUUUUGAUUAUCACAAUUUCCUUUUUCUUUUCGUUUUCUUGUUUUGGUUUGGGAAAGUACAAAAGGGAUGUGGAUUCCAUUCAAAGAGAGGGGAAGAAUUUGGGGGUGGUUCGUCGGUCGCCGGUCACUGGCCGCCGGAGAGUUGCUGGCUGAUUUGUGGUGUGUUGUUGGGUGAUUUGUUAAUUAAGAUAAACAAAAAGUCAUUUAAAAAUAUAAAUCACUCAAUUAAAACAUAACACUCAAUUUCUUAAUCUCCGUGUCGAAAAGAAUGUGGCCAACAAUAUUGGGACGGAGGGAGUAAGCCGCGUUUAUGCGCCACCGUCUGGAGCAUCGGUAAGCAAGCCGCCGCCGCAGUGCGCAUCAUCCGUUCCGGCUAAAUUGUUCCGCUAUCACUUCUGCUCUUCCAUUCGAGGUACUUCUCCUUCUUCAUCUAAAUUAGGUCGAUUUAUAUGCGACCACUAUCUGAAACAAAUUAUGUUGUUAAUUUGCUGUAAUUCAUGGAUGUAAUUUGUCCCUGCAAAUCGGAAUGCCAUCAUCGUUAGCCAUAGACAGGUGAGUUACUUUUUUUGUGCACUAUAACCAAUAUGUUGAAUCAAUAAUAAUGCUUUGAUACAUAGGUGAAAUAGCAUGUGAAACUCAUCGUUAAUGUUUAAUUUGUUAUGUGGGCUCAACAUGACUAAACGUAACCUGGGGAGCCACUUAAAAAGUGUAGAUUAGCCACCAAAAUUAAAAAUUAAAAAUUAAAAAUUUGAUUAGAAAUGUCAAAAAUGAAUUGACCGAGCUAGAUUGGGCCAUUGAGCUCCAGGCCCAAAAAAGUUUGUGGAAAUACUUAAUAUUACACAACUUUGUGAAAAUUGAUACCACCAAUAUCCACUUUUUAAAAUUCCUACACCACAUACCCAUAUGCAUUAAAAUAUAAUUUUCAUUGUACUCGAGAUUUGAUUUGUCAGAUGAAAGUACAACACCCCUAAUACUGCCCUCUCUCUACCGAAAACAUUGAAGAGGAAAAAUUUAAUUGGCGAAACUAAAAAUGAGCGAUCGGAAAGUUUAAAAGUAGCGAGCGGAAACUUAAUUAAUAUUGAGCGGAAACUUAAAAUAAACGAGCAGAAACUACAAUUAAUUAAGUAACAGUAAAGGAAAAUCCGGAAACUUUGAUAUGCUAGAGAACAAAUAGGCGGAAACGGAAACUUUAAUUAUUGAAAUAGGCGGAAACUUCAUUUAAUCGGAAACUUUACAACCGGAAACUUCAUAUAUAAAGAAGAGAAUCAUUGUACCAAUCAUCACUUCUCACAAUGAUUAUUUAAAUUUGUGUCACUAUCAAUUCACUUUUUUCAACAAACAGAUAUUAAAAAAAUCAAGUGGAUAUAGAGUGUAGCAAAAUAAAAUAGUGGGUAUGGAGUGUAGCAAGUAUUAGAAACUUGUGUAUUAAAGAAAAUCCCCCAAAAAGUUUUGUAUGCAAAAGUGAUUAUUGGGCUGGGCUGGGUUGGUGGACUUACUUUUCGAGUUGGGUCGACCUUUCGUCCAUGCUGUCGUUUUGUCAUUUUUCUCUUUCCACAAUAAAUGUGAUUUUUUCAUGGACAUAUAAUUUUUUACUUUUAUCUCAAUAUUUACAAAAAAAAGUCAUCUCGCACACUAUUUAUUAACAAUUCAAUUUUGAUGGGAUCUUUCUCUAUUUCAUACACAUUUUUUAAAAUUUUCUUUAAAUCCAUGUUCUUCUCUCUACACCAUACUUAUUGUGAACGGACGAAAUAAUAUUAAUAAAAAUAAAAUUAUACACACAUUUUUCAUGUUAAAUUCAUGAAGAUGUUACUCAAUUUUUACGUUUUGAUUUUUUUUUUCAUAAAAAAAUUUACCUAGUUUUUUGUUAUAUGAGCAUUAAUUGGUCAAAAUCGGUAACUAAGAACAGAAUUGAAACAUAAAUAAUUGUUUGAGUUAUAUUUGAGUAUGUGGUCAAAUAAUUAUAAUUGGAUUUAAAUUGAAAGAAAAUUAUACAUAGUGCCAACUAAGUUGAGAGUUUUACAGUUAAUAUUUAGCGUGUUAAUUAUUUCGAAAAGUUUUCAUCUUUGGCGUGUUAAUAAUUUCGACGUCUGAACAUAUUUUUUGCUUUCUUCAAACUUUUGAUCAUGAAAAGAGCUUUCUCUCAAAUUGUUAAAUUAAUUAUAGCUGUCUUCAAAUUCUUCGAUUGAAUAACUCUAUUAUGACCUGUGUGUAAUUUUUUUUACCACAUUUGUAAAUUUUAUUGAUUUAUUUAUUCUCAUUGGAUUCCAAUCUUAUAGAAAUAAUAUUGAUCUUAACUUUAAUACCUCAACAAAAAUUCAACAAAAAUUCAACACUCAUUCCGUCCACGAAAAAAUUUCCUAUCUUUUUUUUUUGGGACGUCCACAAAAAAACUUUCUACCUAUUUUUUUACUAAACCCCACCACUUAUAAUUAUUUACUUUUCACUUUUUCACAAUUCUCAAUAUUAAAUAUAACACUUUUCACCACUCUCAAUACAUUCAACAAUUUUUUUUCUACUCUCAAUAUACUCAACAACCUUUUUCUUAAAACCUGUGCCACUCUCUCCUAUGAAGUUCUUUCAUAAACGGAGGGAGUAAUAUUUUCUCAUCUUUUUUUUAUCUAUAAUUUUCCGCUGAAAAUUUUACAAAUAAAGUAAACACAUCCUUAUUAUAUAGGAAAUGUUAGAAUUGAUUAUUGUCUUUUAUACUCCCUCCGUCCCAUUUAACAUGGCCCCUUUAGUCUUAGUGCCGUGUCCAUGUUAAAUGGGACGGAAUGAGUAAUAUUAUAAUCAUUCUUUAUUAGAGAAUUGCCAGAGUUUGCUGCACUUCUCAAGUUCUCAUAGACUUAGUUCAACUACAAAAUUGAUCCUAAAAUCAAUUUCUUUAGUUUAGCCUUCUGCUUUAUUAAAUUAAAAUCUAUUUUAUGCUAGUGCCUGUCGUCUCCAUUAAUAUAUAAUACUCCCUCCGUCCCAUUAAUAAAGACAUAGGUCUUUUGGGCACGGAGAUUAAGGAGAGGUAGAUUUGUUGUUAAAGUGUUGUGGCCCACCAUUAUUAGUGUAGUUGAUUAAUUUUAAUUUAGUGUAUUUAUUUAUUUCUAUUUAAUGUUUUAGUUGAAUUUUAAACCACCAUCACCUCCGACAACCACCACCGCCGCCUCCGACAACCACCGCCGCGUCCGACUACCACCACCGCCUCAGAAAUUCAACCCCCAAUUCAUACCCAAAAUCAACACCACCGCCUCCGCCUCCGACAACCACCACCGCCUCAGAAAUUCAACCCCCAAUUCAUACCCAAAAUCAACACUACCGCCGCCACCUACGACAACCACCACCACCUCAGAAAUUCAACCCCCAAAUCAAACCCAGAAAUCAAACCCAAAAUCAAACCCAAAAAUCGAAUCGCGGCAAACCCUAGCCCCUAACCCAAAAAUCGAAUUGCGGCAGACACAGAGUCUAGGGAGAGAGAGAUGAGCGAAAGAGAUGAGGGAGAACCGAGAGGGGAAGAGAACGGAGUCGGAAAGGAGUCUCACCGUGUUCUCUCGCCCUCUCCCUCUCUUGAAGCCAAACUAAAUUUUGAAAUCUAAGCUUGUGAUGUUGACUUGGGAAUCUGGAGAAGAGGUCGGAUCUAAGCGGAAAAGAGACGAGGGCGAUGAGUCGGGCAAGGUGGUGGUUCGCCGUCGUCUGAAAUAAGGCGAUGAGUUGCCAGAAAUCAAAUAGGGCAGAGGCUGGAAAUUGGGGCAUGGGUUUUUCAGGCGGCCCCUCUGCCGCCGUUACCUUUCCAAAGCGGGGAAGAUGAGAUGAAGGUAGAGAGAGAGGCGAAGGUUGCGGCCUUGCUGCGGUCGCCGGAGACGAGAGAGGGGCGGUGGAGGAAAUAUGAGAGGGCGGUGCAAGAUUGACGGCGGAAAGAGGGAAAAGGGAAGAGGGAAGAGAUGGUUCGAGAGGCGGAAAUGAGAGAGACAUAUUAGAGUUUCCCAAGAGAGAUUAAGGGGGGUGUAUUAGUUGUGGAGUUUAAUAGAUUUCCCUGGAUUUUAAAAGUCUGGGUGUAUUCGUUCCAGACUUUUAAAAGUCUGCAGAAAUCUGGGUGUAUUCGUUCCAGACUUUUAAAAGUCCAUAUAAAUCUGGGUGUAUUCGUUUCAGACUUUUUAAAAUCCAUACAAAUCUAGGUGUAUUCGUUAUUCCAUUGACUUCAAAUCCGGAAUGACUUUCAUGGAUUUCAUCAAAAAAAUACACACGACGAAAUCCGGCCAAGAACCACGAGAAUUGAAAUCCAUGGAGUUUUGAGCGAUCGCUGAGUUCCAGCGCCCGCGGCCAAGAAGCCAGCGAGCGCCGGAACUCAGCACACGUUGAGAAAGACCAGCGCUCGCUGGGUUUGAGCGUGCGCUGGGUUCCCAGCGGCCGCUGGGUUGCAGCGGUCGCUGGGCCCAGGCAGCCCAGCCCAGCAACGCCUUUAAAUACCCGUCUUCGAUUUUUUUUCCCCACAAUCUGACAGACGCCUACUGCCUUCAAAAAAGAGUUCAGGGUUCUACUUUACCUUUUAGCCAGUACUGUUCGGUGUCUAGUAAUAUUAUUAUGGGAGACUCUCAACCACAAGAAUCCAAAAAAAGGGCAGUGUAUGAAGCAUGGACACAGGAACAAAGUGAUGCCUUGUUACGAAUUCUGGUUGAAUCUGCAAUUAGGGGAUGGCGCGAUAAUAGUGGUAUAUUUAGCAAAGCAACAGUAGAGGAAAGAAUAUUGCCUGUUCUGAAUGACAAACUUAGGUGCAAUAAAAAUUAUAAUCACUACCAAAGUCGUAUCAAAUGGUUUAAGAGCCGUUGGACUGCGUAUUCAAACCUCAUGAAGUCUAACUCUGGUUUUGGUUAUGACAACGACACCAAAAAAUUCACGGCCCCAGAUGAAGUAUGGGAUGCGUAUAUAGAGGCUCACCCAAAAGAUGCAUACUUACGCACUGGGAGUUUUUCGGAUUAUGAUGACUUGAGACUUGCUGUUGGAAACGGUGUGGCUGUAGGAAGAAACGCAAUUGGAGUUGGCAGUGUUACUGAUGCUAGGACAAUAGGAGUUGAUGAAAGUAGAGGUCCAACCAUAGAGGAGUUGAAUUACGAUACUGCUACUGAGGCGUUUGUAGUACUGGGUGAAGAUGAUCCACCGUUAUCCGGCUCCAAAUCACCUUUGGAGCCCACUGAAGUGCCUGUGGAGUCCACUUAGAGAAGAGCUCCCGCCAAGAGAAGCAGAGGCCAGUUUGAGACAAAUUCAGGCCACUCUGAAAAUAGUUCGCAUCAGGAGCUCCUGGUAGAAAUUAAAAAAGUCACUAGCACAAUGGAUCGAGUUGAAAGCCUCUUUGUUAAACGAGAUACUAUGAUGGAGAAAAGAGAAGAGGAAAAAAGUUUUACAACUUGGGAUGCUAUCUUAGAAAUUCCUGAUUUGAGUGAAGAUGACCGCUACACAGCAUUUGACUUGCUUGUUACAAAGUCACAAAAAGAUGGAUUUAUGAAAAUGACUGUUCCUCAACGCAUAAGAUGGAUAGAAUUCAAGACUAGGAAAUAGAGGAUAGUUUAGUCAUGUUUUUUGAACUAUGUUUUUAUGUUUGUUUCACCAUCUUUUUAUGAGUACAUUGUUUUGUUGGUUUUAUGUUUUAAUACUUUAUUUUGUUGAUUAAUGAAUGGUUUUUUAUUAGUAUUUU